UACGUAGUUUGUUUUAGUAUUUGGUGAAACUUAACUAUCCAUGUUCUUAACUACACUUUUAUUAAGUGACUGAAAAUAGAUAACAAUUGUCCAAAAGGAAAUAAAUAUAUAUAUGACAACUAAAGUUAUAAAGUGGUAAAGUAAAUAUUAUAAGCUCAAAAAUUCCAAAUACAAACAAAAUGGCACAGCAGAGUGAACUUUUAGAUUUCUCAGGACUAUUUAAAUUAGAUGUGUUAGUUCACCUGGACAUUGUAAAUCACACCUUUUACGAAAUAGGGCUGAAGAAAUUUUUGGCUCUUUCUAGUGACAAGGAAUUGAUGUUUUUGUAUAUAAAUCCACAGUCAGAGAGGUGUGAUAGUGUUUAUGACUGGGAUUUCAUUGAUAACCCAGUAUACUGCAUGUGUUUUGAACCAAGUGGUACUUGGGUCUUUAUUGUCAGUGAUCAGAAGGUGCUACUUGUACCUUUCCUACCUCUCUUUGUCCCUCAAUACACAUUUGAUUGCAAGUGGUCCCUGUCAAGUGUUACAGUCUUACCCCUUGCUGAGAUACCUCAACCAACAUCUGUUGUUUGGUGGCUUACUAAGGAAUCAGAGAAUAUCAUCAUAAUAGGCUCAAAGAAUGGAACUAUAACAUUCUAUGCUUUAGAAUCACAGAGCAUUGUAGGUGAAACAAAGGUGACUGGGGAAGUUAAGGAGUUGCAAAUGUGUUUUGAUGACUCAUUAGACCUGUUAGCCUUACUGAUCUCUAAUGGCCCUUCCCAACAAUGGAAACUAGUUUUGGAGCACAGAUCGGUCGGAUACAAUUGGCUUACUCAAAUGAGAGCACAAAAUGACAAAGACAAAAAGGAAAGUUUCAUGUCUUAUAUACGACAGCUUUCAAAAGAUAAAAUUACUCUACUAAUCCAAGGAGGAUCCAAAGAUGAAAAUAAACCACAAACAGUAGAGUAUGUGCUGAAACCAAUGGAGUAUUUACCAUCUUUUAGAAAAGGUUCCAACAAUUGGGCUCUAACUGCGCAAUAUGUUAGCGGACGUCACUUUUUGACAGCGUUCGAAUUAAACGAAGGUACACUUAUCUUGGAAAGUCCAGCGGAGGACGUAGCCACAAGAAGUCUGAGGCCACUGAUAAAGAAGGACGGGCAGUACAUCCAGGGGCUGUGGUCUCAGAGGCUGCUGUACCUGAUGAGGAAGAACGAACUGGAAGUGCACAGCGCCCACUUCUCAGUCAUUCAAGGAGAAACGCUCCUCGGCGCCAAGCGGGACCCGUCCGGGUUGUGGGCGGCGGAAGUCAUCGGCGACGUGCACAAGGCGUACCUGAUGUCCGCCAAGGAGCCCUCCUCGGCGACCGGUCCUUGGAAGGAACCCACGUUCGUGUGCGACUUGCGGCUUCCGCGGUUUAUAUUGGAGCCCUGCUUGGUGAUCACCUCUUGCGGAGCGUACGUCUUGAACACCGUGAGCGAGCCCUGCGAAUGGCUGGUGGGGCUGAUCGUGCGCGGGGGCGGAGGCGCCGAGCGGUCGUGUGCGGCGUUGGGGGCUCCGGUCCCCACUCUGCUCAGGGCCUCGGCGGACCUGCUCAUGUCCCGCGGAAAGGUGGCGCCGGCGCACUACCUCUACUCGCUUUCGCAGAUAAUGAAACGAAAAACCAAAACUCCGAGCGCAUUCCAGAGCCAGCCGGACGGCUGGAUUGCUCGUUUGGGCGUAUUCGGCCACGUACACGAGCUGUCCAUGUACAGGCAGACGAGUGACGUCGGCAGUCUGGGCGACGCGGCCGUCACCGCUAAGCUCUUGGCUCUCCUGCUCAGGAUCAGAACUAACAGCGAGGAGAAGUUUGAGGCAGAUGUGAAAUUCACGAACCUCGGCGCGACCGAGCUGGCGGAGCUCACCUGCGUCGCCGCAGCCACGGGGCUGUGGGACUUGGCGCCCGUGUUCAGCGUCCGGCGGGGGCGGCCGGAGCUCCUGCUGGCCGCCCUCAAGGCCAGGGGCGACCUCUGUCGCGGCGCACUCGCCUGUCUCUUGCGCCACAGGUGUCUGGUGCCUCUGCUCCUGGCUCACAACGCUCAGUGGCUCUUCGACUUCGUCGUCGACCGAUGCGACUCUUUCGACACCAUUCUAUUGAAGCGUUUGUGCGUGUGGUUAAAUCCCCUGCAAGACCAGUUGCGGCCCGUCAUGCGGGACUUGAGGGAGGGGAUCACGUCCGUCUACACCACGCGAAUGCUCCAACUCAUCUCUACGUUCGUCCGCAUCGUGUGCGCUCUCGAGGCCCGCCUCCCUCGACCGGAGAUCGGGACCCGGGGCCCCGGAGAGUCCGCCGCUCGGCGAGACGGCUGGGCCCCGAGGCGGGCGCUGGCGUGCGGGCUGGGCCACUGGGCCGUCGUCGACGAGGGCAAGGCCAAGGUCAUGAUAGCCCAGACUCCGGUGGACCCCGAGCUCGUGGGGCGAGUGACGGACGUGGCCUGCGGGAGGCACCACACGCUGCUGUUGACGGAGAACGGGAUUUACAGCGCCGGCGACAACUCGUACGGGCAACUGGGCGUGGGCGGCUCGUGGGCGGGCGGCGUCGGCGAUUCGGCGUCCGCCAACGGGGCUCUCACGCUCGUCACGCGAACCUGGGACGCCCCGCUCACCCGCAUCGCAGCCGGGCAUUACCACUCUGCGGCCGUCGACUCGGGUGGAAGACUUUACACUUGGGGGUGGGGCGUUCACGGCCAACUCUGCUUGGGCAGCAUCGACGACCACUGCGUUCCGCAGCCGGUCACCAAGUUCCGAGGGAGAAAGGUGGUCGCCGUGGGCUGCGGGGCCUGCCACACGGUGGUGCUGAUGAUGAACGGCGAGGUGUGGGCGGCCGGAGCCGGCGUGUUCGGGCAGCUCGGGACGGGGGGCAGGGACAAGAGCUCCGUGCCGCUGAGGGUGGCCCUCGCGAGCCCCGCGGAGUCGAUCGCGGCGGGGUACUUCCACAACCUGGCCCUGACCGCCGAGGGCCUGUGGCUGUGGGGCGCCAGUCCGCAGCAAGUGCGGGCCGCGCACACCCGCAGGAGCAACUCUUCUCUCUCUUCGUCCGCCUCUCCUCUCUCCCGGGAGACCCAUCUGGUGCCGCAGCUCGUGGACACGCAGCACGUGCGAGGCAGGAUCGUGCAGAUAUCGGCCGGGUGGCACCAUUCCUGCAUCAUGACCCACGCCGGCGCCGUCUACACCUGGGGGCUGAACUUCGACGGACAACUCGGCAGCGGCGACCGGAAGCAAGUCCACGUCCCCACGCAGGUGGCGAUCCGCCCCGAGUGCCGAGCGGAGCCGAAGGCCGAGAGCCUCGACCCGGAAGCGGACCCGGAGCGCGGGAGCGGGGCCACGGUGGCCUGCGGAGGAGACUUCACGGUCUACCUCGACCGCGACGGCAGGAUCUACGCCACGGGCAACAUGCAUUCGCAGGGAAACGACGAGAGAGAGAGCUUCGGCGGUCGCGUCGUCGUGAUGAAGACGACGAGGCGCGUCAUCAAGAUCCCCGCCUCCAGGAACGCCGACCGCUUCCUCUUUCACUACCUCGACCGGAUCGAAUCCCUUCUCGCCUUCGACCCGGAGCGGGUCCGACGCGGGUCCGUCUUGGCCUCGCCCGACCCGCUCGUCUCCGCGGCUCGCUUCCGGGACGCGUCCUGGGCGGACGACCUCAUCGUCGCCCUCGAGCCCUGGAUCGACCGCGGCGCCGUCGCGUCCAACCCGAACGUGGCGGCCAAGCUGGCGCUCCACUCCGGCGACUACGCGGCCGCCCUCCGGCAUCUGCUGGCCGACUCCGGCCGCCCUUCGGCGGGGGAAGCCCGGCCGUUCCUGACGCACCGCGAGCCCCUCGACGGCGCCGAGUCCUCGAGGAAGCGGGACGAGCUGAAAAUUGUCAUAUCGAGCACCGUCUCGAAACGGAUCAAGGAAAUAUCGACGGCGAUCCUGAACGAGGAGCCGCCGCCGGCGGUGGAGGCCGGCGCCUAUCGCGGCCUGCCCUGCCGGUGCGACGAAACGAAGUAUCUGAGGGGAGAGGCGAGACCGAAGCCCGCCGUCGACGACGUCGCGGAGGCCGUCGACGCGUCGGCCAGAGCCGCUCGGAUCGUCGACGAGUGCAUGACGUCGUUCCCCGUCGACGCGCAGCUCUGGGAGACGUGUUUCGGGCUCUCGAGGGACUUCUUCCUGAAGAACGAUCUGUCGAUUGAACGCUUGGAAGCGGUUUUGCGGAAGUCGACGGAGAGGAACGCCCCGACUCUGGCUUCUGCCGUUUUGUUUUGCGACGACUGCGCCAAGUACGACGACAUCCUGACGCCGAAUUUCUACCUGAACGUGUGCAGCGAAGUAUUAGACGCCUGGGGAUGAAAAACUUUAUUUAACAUCUUUAAUAUGUAUAUAAUUCUUCUCUUAUGUCUUCACUUUUCAUCCCUCGACUAGACUUUUGAUGGGUUUUUAUUUUAAAAGCUAGUCUGCGUAUUUAUUACCGGUUCUAAAAUCAAUUUAAUCGAAUAUUUUGUUUUAUCGCCAACGUUAAAUGUGAAACAUCGAUCUAGUCAACGAUUACUGUUUUAUUUGUUAUAUUUUACUUUUUAACUGAAUUCUCACGAAGUUAUAUCGAACUAUAUCAGUACUGUUAUAUUUUAGCUAAAUUACGUUUGAUCCAUGACGUCACACAAUUGUGAAAUCAAAUAUAAGGUAGAAAACGAAA